CGGCAGUGUGCAGGACGUGACGUCACACCGCGAGCAGAGCCCCGCUAGCAGUGUGCAGGACGUGCCCGCUCACACAGCCCAAACACACGAUACUCGCCCUACGCACACCACACAUAAUUCUAUUAGAUUAAUAACACAUCAACAACACCAUAUCGCACCACAAACGAAUAAGAAGACCUACUAUUGCGACAUGUGUAGUCAGCAAUUUACGUCUAAAUUUACUUUAAUCCGACAUAUCAGAACACAUACACUGCUGGAACCUUAUCCAUGCGGAGUUUGUAAAGAAACAUUUGCAAAUAUAUUAAUAUUGGAUGAGCAUUUAAGAUUUCACUCUGCAGAGAGACCGCACGUGUGUGACGUAUGCAACAAGCGAUUCGCAACAAGAGCCACUUUAAAUCAACAUAGAAAAAUUCACACUCUAGGGAAACUAUACAAAUGUAAAGAAUGUAACAAGCAAUUUACAAGAAAAGAUAAUUUAGAGACCCACAAAAGACUCCAUAGUGAUGUGAAACCAUACAAAUGUAAAGAAUGUAACAAGCAAUUUACACUAAAAGCUCAUUUAAAGAUCCGCGAAAGUAUCCAUACUGGAGAGAAACCAUACAAAUGCAAAGAAUGUAACAAGCAAUUUACACAAAAAUGCCAUUUACAGACCCACGAAAGAGUCCAUAGUGGCGUGAAACCAUACAAAUGUAAAGCAUGUGACAAGGAAUUCACUCAAAAACAUCAUUUAGUUAUCCAUGAAAGAAUCCAUAGUGGAAUAAAACCAUUCAAAUGUAAAAAAUGUGACAAGGAAUACACACAAAAAUAUUAUUUAGUUAUCCACGAAAGAGCCCAUAGUGGCGUGAAACCAUACAAAUGUAAAGAAUGUAACAGAGAAUUUAUUUUAAAAAAUUCUUUAGUUAUACAUGAAAGAAUCCAUAGUGCAAUGAAGCCAUAUAAAUGUAAAGAAUGUAACAAACAGUUUACAAGAAAAGAUCAUUUAGAGAUCCACACAAGAGUUCAUAGUGGCGUGAAACCAUACAAAUGUAAUGAAUGUAACAAAGAAUUCACACAAAAAAGAAAUUUAGUUAUCCAUGAAAGAAUCCAUAGUGGAAUGAAACCAUUCAAGUGUAAAGAAUGUGACAAGCAAUUUUCAAGAAAAGAUCAUUUAGAGAUUCACAAAAGAGUCCAUUGUGGCGUGAAACCAUACAAAUGCAAUGAAUGUAACAAAGAAUUCACACAAAAAAAAAAUUUAGUUAUCCAUGAAAGAAUCCAUAGUGGAAUAAAACCAUACAAAUGUAAAGAAUGUAACAAGCAAUUUACAAGAAAAGAUCAUUUAAAGAUCCACAAAAGAGUCCAUAGUGAAGUGAAACCAUACACAUGUAAUGAACGAAACCAGCAAUUAAGUCAAGAAGAUAGUUUAGAGACAAAUAAAAUGAGUCACAUCGGAGAGAAGCCGUAUAGAUGUGAAGAAUGUAACAACAACUUUACAUUAAAAUCUGAAUUAGAGAGACAUAAAAAAAUACACACCGAUGAACAAUCAUACGAAUGCGAAAUAUGUGAAUCACUUUUUUUCGAUGAAACAAGUUUAAUGAAACAUGUUGAAACACAUAUAUCCAGGAUACUAUAACGUUGUUGUUUCGUAAAAUGGUUUAUAAUUAUAAUAGCUCAGGUUAAUGUGGUUAAUCCAUCGACAGAGGCGUAACUAUACAUAGUUGUUUUAUUCGGAUUCAGUCAAUAGAAUUUUACUCCACUGCUAUUUACUUCACCUUAUUGCUAGUUACAUUUGCGUAGACAAAAUAUCGGAAAGUCAACCGCGUGAAGAUAUUUAUUAUCUUAUAUCAAUCAAUCAAUCAAUAAUAAUUUAUUUUUAACAAAUAGUCUAUAUGUGUUAGUAACAUAAUAAUGCUUAAAUCUAGGGUCAGUACAAACAAAACAUAAACAUAAAACACAUUUUUACAUAAUGGGGCAUGUAGCUGCACCCAGUGCUUCAGCCAUGGUGUGUCCCUCUGGUCGGCCAACGUGCACAGGAUGGUAUUCGAGCUGGCGCGCCACCGCCUCAACAGCUUCCUGAUGAUCGCGUGGAAGCCAU